AUGUCACGGCCGCCAAAUGGAAAGAAUGAUGACAAGUGGGAGAUUAUGGGGGAACCAACAGAGUACGUCUACACUAUAACAACUAAUCGAGCUUUUACAGCCCUCAUGGAGGCCGCCCGAGCGGAUGCGUUAGAGGAUGUUUUGAACUACUCCAGCACGCAGGCACGCAUGACAACUCCUACCGGGCAGACUGCAUUAAUGAUUGCUGCAGAAGCAGGAAACUUCAACUCUGCACGGGUGCUUUUGCCGCUGGAGAAAGGCAUGCAGACGAACGACGGACGUACCGCACUCAUGCAUGCUGCGGCAGCAGGCUCUAUCUCUCUUACCAAGCUUCUCAUUCCGCACGAAGCAAAGAUUACCAGUGAACGGGACGGUCACACGGCGUUGAUGGAGGCAGCUAGGGAAGGCCACUGUGGGGUUGUGGAGAUUCUUCUCCAGCACGAAGUCGGUAUGCGGCAGUACAUGGGUUUGACCGCUCUAAUUUACGCCAUCCAUGAGGGACACAGUGAGUGCGUCGCAGCCCUUGCAGAGGCCGAGAGCCACCUCUGCUCAUAUGAUGGGAAGAGCCCAGUUGUGCAUGCACUUGACACCGGCAACAAGUAUUUGUUUCCAUAUUUGAAGAUCUGA